AUGUCCUUCACGGUGGUCGCGGUAUUAGCGAGUUUGUUUUUCACCUCACCGGCUUUUGGUCGGGUCCCGCUGGAACAAGCUGUAGCCCAUGGCAUCUUGCGGUACGGUAUCCCCCGGCUGUUGGAUCACGUAACGCUGCUAAUCGAGAGCUUCACCGAGAACCAGCAAACCCACAAGGCGCACUGGGAUCUGAUGGACGGGAUACUGAGAUUGUUGCGAGGACGAUUACCGAUCCAGUACUGGGUGGCCGUUGGAGGUCAACCGGCGGCUCACAAUCUUAUAAUGGUUGAUGGGAACAGUUCGUUCCAAAGGUUUGUCACGGGAUGGACGUUGAAGCGAUACGAUUUGGCCGGAUGCUAUUGGAUAGUGUUGGACGAUCGUUCUGCCAUCGAGGAUGCUGCUAGUUAUGUGUUGGGUACUUUGUGGGAUAUGAGGAUCGUUACGGGCUUUAUAUUUUUGGAAGACGAGAAGGGGGCAGUCGAACUUUUCAGCUAUCAGCCGUAUUCGGCAAGCCAUUGUGGGAUCGCGAAACCCCGGCAAGUGCACUGGGAGAAAGACGAUAUAUUCAGUGAUCGGUUGAGAGAAUUUCAUGGAUGUCCGUUGAAGUUUGGAACCUUCGACAAUCGUCCGUACAUUGAUCUGACAUGGGACUAUUUAGGCAGAUUAAGUUUGGAUGGUUUCGAGGGAUUGUUGGUGAACUUGAUCGCCAAGAAUUUGAACUUCACAAUAGACGUCGUAAUACCAUCCGAUAAUGCCAUGUGGGGUUAUUCAAGAGAGGAUGGUAGGAGUACCGGGCUGAUGAAGCUGCUGCAGGAUGAAACAGUCGACUUCUCGGCCUCCUCUAUCGGAUACACUAUUGAGAGGAGUAAGAUUUUAUCGACUGGAGUAACGCACUAUAACUCGUAUAUUGUGUUUGCCGUUCCAUCGGGACGAGCGUAUUCGUCGUUCGAGAAACUGUUUCUACCAUUUUUGUGGGACACAUGGUAUGCAAUUUUUGGCACACUUGUCAUUGCCAUCGGUAUUAUCGUGUUUAUGAACGCAAGGACGGACUUCGUUCGAGAUUUAAUUUACGGUACAGCAAUUCGAGCUCCGAUCAGCAAUUUAUUUAAUGUCCUGUUCGGUGGCCCCAUGGUUAGAUGUCCACAUUUGACCUUCGCUAGAACCUUAUUGGGUCUAUGGAUGUUGUAUUGCCUGGUGAUUCGAGCAGCGUAUCAGUGCUCUCUCUACAAAUACCUUCAAGUUCCUAAGAACUUCUCCGCUCCUCUGACCAUCGAUGCUAUGCUGGCUGCAGGUCUGUACUUCUACAUGCUGGAUCUUGCAGCUGAGUUCUUCUCCGACAAUCCGGAGGUUCUUGCUCGAACUCGUUUCGUAUCUCACGCCAACGGGGCCUUCGUGGAAACGAUCAACGCCGUCGGUCGGGACGAACUGGACGGUGCCAUGGUGUGUCUGUCUGAUCACAUCGGGUAUCACAACAAGUUCUAUCCACCGGAAGAGUUCGUCCACUGCUCGAAGGAAACCAUAUGCGGCUUUCCGAUGUCGAUUGCCUACCCAAAGCGAACCUUUCUGAAGGAAGCCUUCGAUCGGGAGAUUCAGCUGAUCGAUUCAUCGGGGCUGGUUGGGUUUUGGGCAUCGCAGCUGAUCGACAUGGAUUUCUACACGGAACGGAAGAGUAACGCAAUACAGCAAGCACUAACCGUGGACAAUUUGCUGGGAGCGUUUGAAAUUUUGCUGGCCAUGGAGGGUGUUGCGGUUUUGCUGUUCUUAGUCGAGUUGGCAACGAUCAGGUUAAGAUUCGUUCGGAAAAUCUUGGAUUGGGCUGAAAGUGACUAG